CCCGGUUCCUGAGCCAGUUUCUGUCUUCCAAAAUCUGAAUAAAACUGCUCAGAUGGGGUGCAGAUGCUGUAGAAUGAUAAAAAGCUACAUUUUUGGACCAGCUAUUAUAAGAGAAGUGCCUCCCAGCAGUAUAAGAAAUGAGAAAAAACAGAAUGAAAUUAAACGGGAGAUCUCAACUCACAAUAGCUGUCUCAACUCCAACAACUCUGUUAUUUCAACUUUAGACAAAAUAAAAAACUUGGCAGAAGAAACCAGUCAACAAAAUGUGGGAAUAAUUGAAAAGGAAAGUAAGUUACCACAAGAGAAAAGCACAACACGUGUACAAGAAGCAGUGAGAAAAGCUAAUGAUGAAACUGAAAGUGAAGGUAAAUUUCCUCAUCAUAACGUAUUAAAACGUCUGGAUUCCCAUGAAGUUUUACUUGAGGAUAAUAAAGGUAGAGCAACCAGUAGAGGUGAUUUCUCCUCCACCAAUAAAACGGAUACAGCUAAAGAUGACGUGGGAGCAGAGACCAGUGAUUGUACACUUAAUGGUCUAUCCAUUGUACAUUCUGCUAAAGUGGAAGAUUUCCAUGAAUUUCAUACAACCAACCAAGCAGAUAAAGAAAUGCCAGAUAAUGAAGUUGACAUUGUAAAUGUCAGAAAUGUAUCACAUAUGAAAAACGAAUGUAUGUUGGAUACAAUGGAAAAAGAGUUGAAAAUAACCCGUUUAUCCAAAACUUUUAAUGAAGACAUAAAUACCUUAAAUGGAUACAAAAAACUAGAAAUUACUGAAACAGACAGUGGCAAAGAUUAUAUGAAGCGGUACUUUGAAAGUAAUGGUGAAAUUAUGCUACAAGUCUCAAGCCUAACAAACUCUGAGUCCAGUAAUGCAAUCUGUUCUCCAGGUAGUGACAGAAUAAGAAACGUUAACACAGAAUUCAUCAAAGACCUGGUGGAAGAAAGGAAACAAACUACAGAGGAGGAGGAGGAGGAUCCAGAGGUGGCAGCUGCUCUUGCAGCAUUAGAGGCAGCAACGGCAGGAGAGGAUUUUCUAGAUGAUUGGAGCUAAAUACAUAGAUGUUUAUCAUCAGCAGCUUAAAAUAAGUCACAUGGUUGCAACAAUCUUGGUGUACAGAUGACAAAAUCACAAGCAUCGUCUGAAACAUAAUUAUGUUGUGUAUCGGUGAUUUAUUCCAAGCUCCUUUAUUUAUAACAUAUACAGUCUUUUCAGAUUAGUUCCUUUGCCUACAUUUGCAGGUUCUGCUGUCGGGAUAGGGCAUCAUGUGCACAUCCCACAUUUCAGCAUUCAAAUGUAUUUUAUCUGCAAACAUAUCUUUUGCAAAAUAACAAAACAAAGUUGUCAUCAUGUGACAAUUGAGCUAAUACGUUUUGAGAAUGUGCCCAAGAAUAAUGUGUUAAAUGCUUUUGCCUAUAUGUGAAGAAAAUGAGUGAUUGCUUUAACUCGUCAAAUGUUGGCACUAGUUCUUUGGUGAGAAGUGUCAGUACAGUUUUGAAUUCAACAGUUCUCAAUUCCAAAACAACAUGCAAUUUCUUUUAAGGUAAACUGGAGUUGGCAUCUUACAAUGUCCUAGCUUAAGAUAAUUCAUGGGGAAUUAUUAUAUAUUUUUCACAGACCUCAGUCCUGCGUGGAAAAAUAUUAUUAGAAUGAUGUAUUCUAAUAAUAACGAUGGACAGAAGCAUAGACAUUUGCAUUUAAUAACAAGUUGCAUUUAUAUAGCAUCCUUCACACUCCAU